GUGGUGACAGCGGACUGGAUGGGUUAGGAGGGCCAAAUAUACAACUAGGAAGCCCAGAUAAGAAAAAACGCAAGGCCAGCACACAGUAAUGUGGAAACUGGGCCUGCGGACCGGGUUCGAUCCCUAGCAUGAAAAGAGCAAUUUGGAAAGAAUCGCAAUCAUUUCUGCGGCGUCCUCAGAAGCCAAACGAGGGCAUCAGACUGGAGCUGCAGGCGAUGGCGGCCAGCCCAGCACGGGGGCUGGGACCCGAACCCGGACCCUCGGAAAAGCAGUGCAUUCGCCGGGCAGUCUCCUGUCCCCGAGCCGUCUUGUCUCCCUUUCCGAAGAACGUGGCCUUCCCUCAGAGGGCAGCCUGGAACCAGAGGCUCCAACCCCGACCAGCGCCAACCGGGAUAGGCACAGGGUACGCCGGGAAGCCGCGAGCCCCACUGGACCCCUGACCCGGAAGGGUCCCGACGACCGGAAGUGCUGGCAGCCCCGCUUCCUAGCUUCCCUAGCAACCGAGCCGGCUCCUUGGCGACUUUAGGUGGCUCCGGCGUUCCCGGUCCCGCCAUGCCGGUGCGGGUGAGCGAGUUCAGCUGGCAGCAGACGCCGAGCACCGUCUUCCUGUCGCUGCCUCUGCGCGGCGUGUGCGUGCGCGACGCCGACGUGUUCUGCGGGGAAAGUUACCUGAAGGUCAACUUUCCUCCAUUUUUAUUUGAGGUGUUUCUCUAUGCUCCCAUAGAUGAUGGGAAUAGCAAAGCCAAGAUUGGAAAUGACACGAUUCUCUUCACAUUGUAUAAAAAGGAACCAGUUUUGUGGGAGGCCCUUUCCAUGCCAGAUGUCGACAAAGACAUGAUGAAGAGAAUAAGAGAAAAGUCUAUUUUGCAAGCACAGGAGAAAGCAAAAGAGGCCACAGAAGCAAAAGCUGCUGCCAAGCGGGAAGAUCAGAAAUACGCACUAGGCGUGAUGAUGAAGAUUGAAGAAGAAGAAAGGAAAAAAAUAGAAGAUAUGAAAGAAAAUGAACGGAAAAAAGCAACUAGAGAAUUGGAAGCAUGGAAAGAAUGUCAAAGAAAAGCCGAAGAGCCAAAAAGAAUCCCGAAGAAAGAGAAAUGUCAACAGAGGAAGCAAGCUGAAGAGAGGGGAACGCUGAAACCCCAGGGCUUGCCCAGGAAGGUUGCGCCUGCUAGAGUCCCCACAAGAGGGAAGAAUUGGGAAAACAUAUUUUCUGAGAAGUUAAAGGAAGACAGCAUUCCUGCGCCUCGCUCUGCCAGCAGUAUUCAAAUCAGCUUUACCCCUCGAAUAUUCCCAACUGCUCUUCGGGAAUCCCAAGUCGCAGAGGAGGAGGAGUGGCUGCAUAAGCAAGCAGAGGCCCGGAGAGCCAUGAGCACCGACCUUCCCGAAUUCGGCGACCUGAGAGAAGAAGAGAAGAAUCCAGACUGGCUGAAGGAAAAGGGAAACAAACUGUUUGCAACAGAAAACUAUCUGGCAGCGGUUAAUGCGUAUAAUUUAGCCAUACGAUUAAACAGUAAGAUUCCAUUAUUGUAUUUGAAUCGGGCUGCUUGCCACCUCAAACUAAAAAACUUACACAAGGCCAUCGAGGACUCUUCUAAGGCACUAGAAUUGCUGACGCCACCUGUUGCUGACAAUGCCAAUGCAAGAAUGAAGGCAUACGUUCGACGAGGGACAGCGUUCUGUCAACUGGAAUUGUAUGUCGAAGGCUUGCAAGAUUAUGAAGCUGCACUUAAGAUCGACUCAACCAACACAGUUGUACAAAACGAUGCGGAGAGGAUUCGGAAUAUAAUUCAGGGGACCGCACUGAAGGCUCAUGACUAGACACAGGAGACUCUGUUAGUACCCUCGCUGCAAAGAGCCAAGCACUAGAAGGCCUUUGGAAAUGCAGUGCCCGAGGAACCCUAUCUAAAGUGAGAAUGGCCCAUCUCGCUGCCUUGAUCCAGGUACUGGGAAGGCAGAGGCAGGCAGGUCACUGGAGUUCGAGGCCAGCCUCUCCUACAAAGGAGCUCUGCGCCAGCCAGACUACACACUGAGACCAAAACAAGACACAGAGAAUGUUCUGUUUUAGUUCUUGGUAUUAGCACAAGGCUUGCUUGGGCUUUGAUGUUGCUGUUCUGAACUGCCCUUGCUCUUGUAAUUAAGUUAUUGCUGUUGGGGUCUCCAGGGUAACUACUGAGGAAUCAAUAGAAUAGAUUGUGCUUAUGAAGUAUUUUAGUAUAUUAAAUAUAGAAUUUCAUUCUGAAUUAUUGGCUUUGGUAUAACAUAGAGACUAUUUUUAGUCAUUUAAAGAUACACAGAACCAUAUUUUUUUCUUUAUAUUAUUUGUUGUUUGAGGCUAGACCAGUUAGAGUUAGAGUGUAAUGAUGUGUUGAAUACCAAGCCUGGGUCUGCUGGACAAAAGGAUGUAGAAUUACAGGCUAGCCUGGGCUACAUAGUGAAACUGUCUCAAGAAAAAAAUGAAUAAAUAAACAAAACAACAACAGAAAAAAACAGUUAUUUGAAAACAUUUUUAUUUAUAAGAGAUUUAUUUACUUUUAUGUGUCUAGGUGUUUUGUCUGUGUGAAUAUACAUCACUGGUGUAUAUAGCACCUGCAGAGGCCAGAAGAGGGCAUCAGGUCUUCUGGAACCAGAGUUACAGAUAGUUGUGAGCUGCUGUGUGAGUGCUGGGAAUUGAACCCAGGUCCUCUGGCAGAGCAGUCAGUGUUCUUAACCACUGAAUCAUCUCUCCAGUACCAAAAUCUUAUUUUGAACUUAGCUAUCAUCUGUUGUUGAAAACAGAACCGAGCAAGGCCUUGUGUCCAGCCUUGGUUUCAGGCCCUUGGUCCCAGCACUCCUGACAGAAUGGAAAUGCCUUCCAGGUCAGCCUGGGCCACAUAGCAAGACUGAGUCUCAAUAAAAACAACCAAGGGGCUGGUGAGAUGGCGCAGUGGUUAAGAACACUCGCAGCUUUUCCACAAGACUCGAAUUCAUUCCUAACUCCCACACUGGGUGUCUCAUAACCACUUGCAACUCCAGCUUCAGACGAUCUGAUGCCUUUGGCUUCUCUGGGCACUAUUGCUUUGAGGGGGGCGUGUCCUGCUUGGGGUUUAAUCAUAAAGACAUGGAGACAUUUGUGUAGUAUAAGCUUGUUAGUCUUUUUGCAGGGGACAACCUCCUGAGCUAGCUAGCUAUGCAGACACAACCCAGCUCCCCUUCCAAUUGUCCCCACUGUGUGGCUCUCCUCCCCACUACAUUCCUUUCCCAGCUCCUGCCUCCAGCUCCAUAUUCAUCAAGAGCCAUCCUUCCUGUCCAAAAAGUCCUUUUAUUAGCACAGUGGGAGAGGUUUCACAGCUUAUUCUGAACCAGUCAGCAGCAGGAAUACACCCUGCCCAUCUCUUAGUGCCAAGAGAGGUGAGGGCUAUCUCACCUCUCCCAUGACAGCUUGCCUUCAUUUUUAAAGAUUUAUUUAUUUUUAUUAUUUAUACAGUGUUCUGCCUGCAUAUGCACCAGACCUUAUUAUAGAUGGUUAUGAGGCACGAUGUGGUUGCUGGGAACUGAACUCAGGACCUUUGGAAGAACAGGCAGUGCUCUUAAUCUCUGAGCCAUCUCUCCAGCCCCUUUUGACAGCUUGCCUUUUAACAUGAUAAUCUCAGAUAAUUUCUGUUCACACCUUUUUAGGCAGGUGAGGAGGUGACAAACAUUUAUGUGCAGAAAGCAGGUGUUGUGGGCUAUAGAAAUGGCAAUAUCACAUAUCCUGCCAGCACCUGGGGCUGCUACACAGCAGUUAACAAUCGAGAAUACAGGCACACACCUUCAUAGUUGAUGCAGCAUGUGUUGGGGGUAGGUUACUCCAACAGAGCGCAAACUCACAUGGCACACACACAGUAAAAAUAAAUCUUUAAAAAACUUCAUCCCAACAAAAGUUAAAACAUUUAGUUUGCAGAUUUUGAUGUUUCGUGAUAGGGUCUCACUUUGUAGUUCAGGUUGGCCUGGAACUCAUGGUGGUCCUCCUGUUUUAGCCUUACCAAUGCUGGAAUUACUAACAUAUACUAGAGCCAUGCGGUGGUAGUGCUCACCUUUAAUCCCAGCACUCAGGAGGCAGAGGAAGGUGCACCCCUGGGAGUUAAAAGCCAGCCUGAUCUACAGAGCUAGUUCCAGGACAGCCAGGGCUACACAAAGAAACCCAGUCUCCAAAAACCAAAGCCAAAACAAAGUGAAACAACUAACCAGCCAACCAACCAAACAUCCUGGAGCCAGGUGUGGUGUGGUGAUUCACACCUCUGAACUUAGGAGGCUGAGGCAGAAAGGUCCACACAUAUCUAAGGCCAAACCCUGGCUGUGGUAGAGUCUGUCUCAAAAACAAACACUGUUAGCAUACAGGCAGUUCCACUGGCCUGCUCUCGAGGACCUAGCAGCUGCUGACAUCAUCACCUGCCACUUGCAGGUGUGUGCUGCAGACAAAAGGACCACCAGCCACCCCAGAUCUCUCCUGUGUUUCCCCCCCUCUCCCUCUGCACCCUCUUUCUACCCCCUCUUUCGUGCUCAUGGCUUUAUCUGUGUUCCCUGGCUGUCUGCCUCUAUCUCUUCCCCAGGUCCUCACUCCUCUCCCCUCCCCAAUAAACCUCUUUUGUAUCAUAUCUGUUGCAUAGUGUAAUUUCUCAGAGGUAUACCUUUUAUGCCCAGAUCUUAAGGUCCCCAAAGACCACUAGGAGCCGGACCAUAUAUGCAAGAGCAAAGAGCUGUAUUCGGGCUUAAGCUCAGUCUCUCCAACAUUACCAAUGCGGUGGAUGAGGAGAGGAGAGCCCUGAGCAGCUGUAUGGCAGGUUUUUUCAUUGGGGUUUGAGGAAGGACAGGGAAUUUCUGGUAUAACAGUUACAAGAUUGGGUGACAUUCAGCAAGAGCAAACUUGUUACAAAGUUAUUGACUAACUAACAUACAUUGAGCCAGCUAUCUAUAGACCUCAGGAAUAUUAGGUAUUUUCUGUGCCUGAAAUGUUCCACUACAAGGUUGGUGGACUGCUCAGCACAGAUGCCCUGCCCUGAGAUAAGAUACCUUCCUAUUCUUGUCGUUAUCCUCAGGCUGUUCCUUGAGCAGUGAAUCUUAUGACCUUGUUUCUGGAAUUGGUAACUUAUGGCGGCCUAGUUCCUGGUGACCUUGGGGUGGGGUCAUUGGUUCCUGGUGAAUUUUGGGUGACCUUGUUUAGGCCUAGUUCCUGGGGACCUUCGAGGGUAUCAGGCCUGGUUCUCUCACACCGUGGCACAAACCCCACAAUGCACCUCCUCGCUGCAUUAUAUUCCAUAACACACGCAAUCAAAACAAAGCUGGGAAAAAUGAAAGUAAAAACGUGCAUGCCACUUUACUGGUUAGAUUACAGAUGGCUUUUUCUUUUUGUCGAGACAGGGUCUCACUUUGCAGUCCAGGUGAGCUUUGAACUCACUAUAUAGAUCUAGGCUGGCAUCAAACUCAUGGUGAGACACCUGCCUCAGCCUCCUUAGUGCUAACAGUCCCUAUGCCCAGCUCAGUUCACACGUCUUGAUUGUCUGUGACUCUAGAAUCUGGCAACACUUCAGAGUAGAGUCAGCUGGGCCCGGGUGCUGGUUCGGUGGAGAGAAUCUGGGAGAGGCAGAAACAAGGGCAGGUUGGUCAUUGCAGGA